UCUUUGGAAUAUCUGGAGUCCAUAUGGCUAUGUAUGAUGAAGAUAUCUUGAAAAAUCCCUUUUAUUUGGCCAUUCAGAAGCGGCGUCCUGAUCUAUGCAGCAAAGUUGCAGAACUCCAUGGUAUUGUGUUAGUUCCAUGCAAAGGAAGCCUGUCAAGCAACAGUCUGUCUACCUGCCAGUUUGAAUCUUAUGUUCUGAAGCCGCUAGAAGAAAAUUUUCAGACCUUAAAUGGAAAGGAGAUCUUCAUACAAGGAAACCUCAUCAUUUUAGGAACUGGUUUUAAUUAUCAUCUCUCAGUACCUGUUCUUUUUGAGGAAACAUUUUACAAUGAAAAAGAGGAAAGCUUUAGUAUAUUGUGCAUAGCUCAUCCAUUGGAAAAAACAGAAAGCUCAAGUGAAUCUACAGCUUCAUCAAACUCCUAUUCUCUUAAAAAUAUUGAAGAUGUUAGAGAAUUCUUGGGAAGGCACUGUGAGAGAUUUGAUAAAUACAUAGGAUCUUUCUAUAGAACAUUUAAAGAACAUGAAAGGAAAAGCCUCCGCCACUACAUAGAUUCUGUCAAUGCACUUUAUACCAAAUGUCUCCAGCAUCUUUUGAGAGAUUCGCACUUGAAGAUGCUUGCAAAGCAAGAAGAGCAGAUGAAUCUGAUUAAACAAGCAGUUGAAAUGUAUAUCCACCAUGCUAUAUAUGAUCUAGUCUUUAAAUAUGUGGGGACUAUUGAGGCAAGUGAGGAUGCUGCUUUUAACAAAAUCACGAGGAGCCUUCAAGACCUGCAGCAAAAAGACAUCGGAGUGAAGCCUGAGUUCAGUUUUAAUGUACCACGUGCAAAGCGAGAACUGGGUCAGUUGAACAAAUGUACUUCCCCUCAACAGAAGCUACUUUGUCUACGGAAAGUGGUACAAACUAUUAUGCAAUCUCCUAGCCAAAGAGUUAACAUGGAAACCAUGUGUGCAGAUGAUCUUCUCUCUGUUUUGCUGUAUUUACUUGUAAAAACAGAAAUACCAAACUGGAUGGCCAACUUGAGUUACAUAAAGAACUUCAGGCUUUCCAGUUCAGUGAAGGAUGAAUUGGGAUACUGUCUAACCUCAAUUGAGGCUGCAAUAGAAUACAUACGACAAGGCAACCUCUCUGACAGAUCAACAGAAUCUGACAGACUGUGUGACAAGCUGCUUUUAAGACAAAGGAUGAAUUUGUUGUCCCAGAUGUCUGCUACUCCAAUAGACUACUUAUUUAAGCAUAUUGCUUCAGGUAAUCAGGAGGAAGUGGAGCGAUUACUAAGUCAAGGUGACAGUGAUAAGGACACAGUACAGAAAAUGUGUCAUCCACUCUGUUACUGUGACAAAUGUGAGAAGCUAGUUUCUGGGAAACUGAAUGAUCCUUCCAUUAUCACUUCAUUUUCCCGAGAUGACCGGGGAUAUACACCACUUCAUAUAGCUGCUAUUUGUGGGCAAACAUCAUUAGUGGAUUUACUAGUAGCCAAAGGAGCCAUUGUCAAUGCUACAGAUUACCACGGUUCAACUCCACUUCACCUUGCCUGUCAGAAGGGAUAUCAAAAUGUUACACUUCUCUUAUUGCACUAUAAGGCAAGUACUGAUGUUCAGGACAAUAAUGGAAAUACUCCACUUCAUUUAGCCUGCACUUAUGGUCAUGAGGAUUGCGUCAAAGCUUUAGUCUACUACGAUGUGCAUUCCUGUAGACUAGAUAUUGGUAAUGAAAAGGGAGAUACUGCUCUCCAUAUAGCUGCUCGUUGGGGCUAUCAAGGGAUCAUAGAAGUGCUUUUGCAAAAUGGGGCAAAUCCAGAAAUACAAAACCGGAUGAAAGAGACUUCCCUACAGUGUGCAUUAAAUUCCAAGAUUUUGUCAUUGAUGGAAUUAAACUAUCUAACAUUUGAAAGAGGACAGAGUGCUUCUGAGUCACCGCUUAGGUCUCCUCAGCGCUCAACAGAAGCUUUCAGCAGAGGAUCAUCUGUCUCAAGCCUGUCAUCAGCAUCAACUGAUAUCAAGCAAGAAGAAGUAAAAAAUAGUUAUAAAGAGGUAGAAAAACUCCUCAGAGCAGUUGCUGAUGGAGAUCUGGAAAUGGUACGUUAUCUCUUGGAAUGGAUGGAAGAAGACCUAGAAGAUGAGGAUGACACAGUCAGUACAUCAAAACCAGAAUUCUGCCAUCCGUUAUGCCAGUGCUCAAAAUGUGGGCCAGCACAAAAGAAAUUUGCAAGGAUCUCUGCUAAUGGACUUGGAGUAAAUGUUUCAAACCAAGAUGGUUUUACACCAUUGCAUAUGGCUGCACUGCAUGGACACUCUGAACUUGUCUCUCUCUUGUUGAAACAUGGAGCCAGUAUCAGUGCCAAGAAUGCAAAACAUGCAGUUCCUCUUCAUCUAGCCUGCCAGAAAGGUCACUUCCAGGUGGUAAAGUGUCUGAUGGAUUACAAUGCUAAACAAAAUAAAAAGGAUAUAUAUGGAAAUACUCCUUUAAUUUAUGCAUGCUUGAAUGGUCAGUAUGAGACUACUGCCUUGUUGUUACAGCAUGGAGCUUCUGUUAACCUUUCUAAUGCCAAAGGAAAUACAGCGCUGCACGAGGCCGUGAUAGGAAAGAAUGAAGCCCUGGUAGACUUGCUACUUCAGAAUGGUGCAAUGACGCACAUAAGGAACGAAAGGAACUGUACCCCUGCAGACUGUGCUGAGCCGAAUUCAAAUAUCAUUAAGUUGCUGGAAACAGCACCAAGCUAUGUACCUACAGCAGCAGAGAGAGAAAAGGAGUGUGAGCAGCAUGCUACUAUCAAGAUAAGAAAAAAAGUGAAUUCUAAGCCAUGUGAGAAAGCCGAUGAUCCCAUAAGCAGACAACUUCAACUGGUCCAAUCAAUUAACAGAUUUAACAAAGCAAAACAUUUGCGGAGAACAAUAACAAGAGAUAAAAGUGUCCCUAAUUUUGACUAUCAGUUACUGCAUCAGGAGGAGAUUGUUUGCACGGCUGAUAGCAAACUGCAUGUUGCGUUGUCAGCUGUGACACAAAUAUAUUUGGCUAUUAAAAGCUUUGAUAAAACCAAGCUAAAAUCUGUUGAAAUGCUGGACCAGAGCAAAUUUAAGAUUAUUGACACAGGAUGCAGUGGUGAGUUUGUGAAACACGAUGACAUGGUAGAAGUUCCUCACAGGAGUAAAUUAAUGCACCGAAGACACACUGUUAGUGUGCCACUUUCAGCAGAGAAUGUCAGUGAUAAUAGUCCAUCCAGCCCUAGAAAUCCGAGUAUCUCACAAUCAAGAGACUGCUGUGAUGACUUGCUUUCAAAACAUUGACAAGGAAGUGCGAAUUUGAUGUCAAAAGCUGAGGAACUAGGUGGUGGUAAUUUCAAUAACCCUUCACUGUAUAUCAAAGAAUUCAGUGACGCUUGCAAGCCUGCCUUCAGAACAGAAUACAGGGAUGACUCUUCAGCAGAAACAGAAUGUUCCUAGCACUUUCGAAGAUUGAAUCCUCUGUUUAUGUUGGAGGUAGCUAUACAGCCAGAUCAUUAUUGAUCUCAACAAACAGGGACGUACUGAGAUGCAGACAGCAAAAUUACUUUCCUAUUCUACUUAGCACUUACUAAAAAUUGUAUGUAACAGUAAACCAAACCAAACCCUGUAUUGUAUUUUUCAGCCACCCACUUUGUUUUUAAAAGUCUUUGAAUAAUUUUUGCAUUUUGAGUUUUUAUCACUACAUUGGAUAAAUAUAUAUAAAUAUAUAUAUU